AGAUGUCCGUGUUGUGGGUUUUGGAAAAUCUGGCACUUACACUAAAACUGAACUUGACAUAGAUUGACCGCUUAAUCAAAAACACACAGUAAACGAAUAAACAUGUACCGUUAGAGUUAUACGAAUUGUCAUGAAUAGCGGAGAAAGUUAACUCAAAAACUAACUUAUUUGGUUUACUUUUCUUGGGGAGAGCAGAAAAGGGGGGCGAGGUUUCCUCUGCAUUUUCCGGGGUUUCGCUGGAUGAGAAGUUUCCUGUGUCGCUCGUGGAGAGUCGUAAGCAGAUACAGUAUGGCCUGACACGGAGAAAAAAACGUUACUUUGUGGAAAUUUGUCUUUUACUUGUCAACUUUCUGAAGUGCAGUUGGGUCACCGGACCAAGUUUUAGAUAUGGCGAGAGACGGCACAACGCGAAGUUUGGACAAUAUUGACCUCGCUUCUUUGAGGGACCCUGCAGGUAUCUUUGAACUGGUGGAGGUGGUGGGGAACGGCACCUAUGGACAAGUCUACAAGGGCCGACAUGUCAAAACAGGACAGCUGGCAGCCAUCAAGGUCAUGGACGUCACUGAGGAGGAGGAAGAUGAGAUCAAGCUGGAGAUCAACAUGCUGAGGAGCUACUCUCAUCACAGGAACAUCGCCACUUACUACGGAGCCUUCGUCCGGAAGAGUCCUGCAGGACAGGAUGACCAGCUCUGGCUGGUGAUGGAGUACUGCGGGGCUGGUUCUGUGACUGACCUGGUGAAGAAGACCAAAGGAAACAGCCUGAAGGAGGACUGGAUAGCCUACAUCUGCCGAGAGGUCCUGAGAGGCCUGUUGCACCUACACUCGCAUCACGUGAUCCACAGAGACAUCAAGGGACAGAACGUCCUGUUGACGGAGAAUGCAGAGGUCAAACUAGUGGACUUUGGCGUGAGUGCCCAGUUGGACAGGACCAUAGGCAGGAGAAACACUUUCAUCGGGACACCCUAUUGGAUGGCUCCAGAGGUCAUCGCCUGUGAUGAGAACGCGGACUCCACCUAUGACUACAGGAGUGACCUGUGGUCUUUGGGAAUCACAGCACUGGAGAUGGCAGAGGGAGCACCACCCCUGUGUGACAUGCACCCCAUGAGAGCCCUGUUCCUCAUUCCACGCAACCCGCCCCCAAAACUCAAGUCCAAGAAAUGGUCUAAGAGGUUCUUGUCGUUUGUGGAGAGCUGCCUGGUGAAGAGCCACCUCCAGCGCCCCACCACGGAAGCCCUGCUGCGGCACUCCUUCAUCCGGGACCUGCCCAACGAGAGGCAGCUCCGCACCCUCCUGCAGGAUCACCUGGACCGCACGCGCAAAAAGAAGGGAGACAAAGAGGGCCCAGAGUAUGAGUACAGCGGCAGUGAGGAUGAGGAGGAGGAGAUGAAUGAGGAAGAAGGGGAACCCAGUUCCAUCGUGAACGUUCCGGGGGAGUGGACCCUGCGCCGGGAGUUCCUGCGGCUGCAGCAGGAGAGCCGAGGGCGGGCAGAGAGCCAGCGGCAGCAGCAGCUCCUCCAGGAGCAGCACCAGCAGCAGGAGAGGUACAAGCAGCAGCUGCUGGCCGACCGCCACAAGAGGAUCCAGCAGGAGCAGGAGCAGCGCAGGAGGCUGGAGGACCAGCAAAGGAGACAGCUGCAAGACUCCGGGUUCCAGUGGGCGGAGCUACAGGAGAUGCUCUGGGGGGAGGAGUCGGAUGGACACGACCGAAUCCGAUUGGACGAUAGAAACAACAGGAGUGAUAAAAGACAGCAGGAGGAGAGGGGCAGACAGAGGAAGGAUGUGUCAGUAAGGCCUGUGGUCUCCGGAGCAGAGCAGAGGAGAACCCAGGCUCCACGCCACGCCCAGCCCCAGCUUCGUCCUCCCCAGCCCCCUCAGCCCCAGCCUCCCGUAGCCCCGCCCCAGGGGUCUCAGCAGGGCCGGAGGUUCCACCGCACGCUGCCCAAGGACCAGACCCAGCUUCUGUCGCUGCAGCACGACCACAGACACAGGCAGAAGGAGCCCCCCCAGCCUGCCAGCAUCCCCCCGCCCAGCUACCCUCCCGCUCACAGCCAGCGCACAGCGAUGGAGGAGGUGAUGUGGAGGUCCGACAGCCAGCAGGCUAACCUGAACAGGCUGGUGGCGGCCGCUGGUCUGCCCAGCCACGUGCACUCUCGCCUGGGCUCCGGCAGCAGUUCCAGCCCCUGUACCCCCGCCAUGCAGAGGGCCAACCUGCCCCAGAAAUCCAACCUGCGCUCCAGCAGAGAGUCCUCACACAGCAGCUCCCUGUCAGACAUGGUCACCUCCCCUCUCUCCCCCUUCACCCCCCUCACCCCCCUCUCCCCCACCCUGGACGAGGUUUUCUGGGACUUCCCCAGCUCUGCUGAACGCCCUCCCAAGGUCCCAGAACGCACCACAUCCAAGUUCUACUGCAAAGAGCUGAUGAGUCACAAGAGGACAGCGUCAAGUGGAGCCCCUCAGUCACCAGUCGACAGAGGAGGGAGGUCGACCUCCACCUGCAACCCCCCGUCAGGUUACCUGAGACUGGAGAGCCCCCUGCUGCAGAGACAAGUCCAGCACUACAGGAGAACUCAGGACAACAGUCCUGGACGGCCUCUUCAACACCAGGGCUUGCUCCCUGGACUGAAGGCUGGGCUGGGCCCGCUGGGUAAAGCAGCAGAGUACUCCUCAUCUAGUGACGAGGUCGGCAGCAGUGAUGACGAGGACAAGAAAAGAUCCGUGACGACCAAUGGGGAGCGUCGUUUCUUCAGAGGGAUUCUUGACGACAUUGUUCUACAACCUCACCAGAAUCUUAACCACACACAGCAGGUUGUGUCAGGGCCCCGGAGCGGGCCCUCACAGAGACUGGUGGCUUUAGACUCGGACCAAAACUACGUUCUACCAGACCUCCUGCAGAAGAGCCCCACCCGCGAGGCUCUCCUUCAGCCCCAGUCUCCCUGCAGCCGAGGGCCCUUCUCAGAUCAGAUGUCCAUCUCUAGCCCUCCAGGCAAGAGCACCUCCUCCUCCUCCUCUUCCUCCUUCACCACCUUCAUCGACCCCCGAUUGCUGAAGACCUCCCCCCCGCAGAGCCCUACAGCACACAGUCCCACUGGCAGCAAGCCUGAGCCAAUGAGGAGGGAGAACCACAGGAAAGGCUCGGUGGUGAACGUAAACCCCACCAACAUCCGCCCCCAGAGCGACACGCCAGAGAUACGCAAGUACAAGAAGAAGUUCACCGCUGAGAUCCUUUGUGCUGGACUCUGGGGUGUGAACCUGUUAGUAGGAACUGAGAAUGGUCUUUGGCUGCUGGACCGCAGUGGUCAGGGGAAGGUCUACUCUCUCAUCAGCCGACGACGCUUCCAGCAGAUGGACGUCCUGGAGGGCCUGAACGUACUCAUCACCAUCUCAGGCAAGAAGAACAAGCUACGUCUGUACUACCUGUCCUGGCUGAGGAACAAGAUCUUGAGGAACGAACCAGAGGUGGAGAAGAGGCAGGGCUGGACGUCGGUAGGAGACUUGGAGGGCUGUGUGCACUACAAAGUUGUUCGCUAUGAGAAGAUCAAGUUCCUGGUGAUCGCUCUGAAGAACGCUGUGGAGGUGUAUGCCUGGGCGCCUAAACCUUACCACAAGUUCAUGGCCUUCAAGUCAUUCGGCUCCCUACCCCAGAAGCCCUUGUCGGUGGACCUGACAGUGGAGGAGGGUCAGAGGUUAAAGGUCAUCUAUGGCUCGCUGUAUGGCUUCCACGCCAUCGAUGUGGACUCUGGAACACCCUACGACCUCUACCUACCGACACAUAUCCCGGGCGUAAUCCGACCCCACGCCAUCAUCAUCCUCCCCAGUAGCAGAGGCACGGAGGUGCUGGUGUGUUACGAGGAUGAGGGUGUGUUCAUCGACACGUACGGACGCAUCACCAAGGAAACCGUUCUGCAAUGGGGAGAGAUGCCCGCCUCUGUCGCUUACCUGCAGUCUAACCAGGUGAUGGGCUGGGGGGACAAGGCCAUCGAGCUGCGCUCUGCCGACACUGGGAACCUGGAGGGCGUCUUCAUGCACAAGAAGGCCCAGAAACUCAAGUUCUUGUGCGAGAGGAACGACAAGGUGUUUUUUGCGUCGGUCCAAUCUGGCGGCAGCAGCCAGAUCUACUUCAUGACCCUCGGACAGAACUCCCUCUUCAACUGGUGAUGCCUGCUCCGCUAGUAGUGUCUGAUCCUGAUCCUUUUGUCUGUCAUCCAUCCUGAUCAACUGGAGAGUCUCAGCUACAUUUGUCGGUUAAACUCACCAUGUCUGGGUGACGACUGGGUGACUGGCGAUGUUUAUCUGAUAGCUCCUUGUUCCACUAGUCUGGUCUGGCGCAAGGAAUGUUCCUGAUCCAAGAUGUGUGGAGAAGUUGUCCUUACAAACACAUUACAAUCCGACUCAUUACUCUCCUGUCAUGUCUCACCACAGGGACUUGAAAGCACAACUCAUGUUUAUGUACAAAUGUAUCUAUUCCUUGAUUUAUGAUCUGUUGAUCACUAUACGGUUAUAUAGUGAUUGCUCUUUAUUAUAAUCAUGUUUAUGGAAUUCUGAGACACUGUCUACCAUUCAGUAUUAUUGACUUAUAUUGCUUUAUCAAGGCUGCAUAUUGAUGUAUAUGUUUACCUCAGGGAGGUAGAUACAGAGUCCUCGCUUCAGAAGAAGAGACAGUCAGCCAUUUUGUAGUACGCCUAUUGAUAACUGGAAUCUAUUCAGAUUACAUUUCAAUAGAGAGAACAGUUCAGACUAGUUGAGACCAGUUUAUAUUAGGUAUAGAGAGAUCAGACUAGCUAAACCCCAUUCAGAUUAUUUAUAGAGAGAGACUAGUUCACACUAGUUGAAAGCAGUUUAGAUUAGUUAUAGAGAGAUGCUGGUUCUGACUAGUUGAAAGCAGUUCAGAUUAGUUAUAGAGAGACCAGUUCCGACUAGUUGAAACUACUUCAGAUCAAUUAUAGUGACCUGGGCAGUCUAGUUAAAACCAGUUCAGAUUAGUUAUAGAGAGAGUGGUUGGUUUCUAUCAAUGGUAGACUUUCAUUGCACAGUGAAGCAUUCUACUCUAUAUACACCAGUUAGAUGGACAGUCUGUUUCUGUAGACUGUGUAGAUAGACUUGCCUCUUCGAUCUGUAUCAAAAUGCUUCAUAACAAGUUCCUUAAGGAGACAGCAACAAAGAAGGAUGGCUGACUGUAUGCUGUUUGGUGGUUUGUACAGCAUCUGAUGUACAUACUGGUAUUAUUUGCACUGUUUUAUAGAUGUUUUAUACAUGGGCUGGUGUGUGUGUGUGUGUGUGUGUGUGUGUGUGUGUGUGUGUGUGUGUGUGUGUGUGUGUGUGUGUGUGUGUGUGUGUGUGUGUGUGUGUGUGUGUGUGUGUGUGUGUGUGUGUGUGUGUGUGUGUGUGUGUAUGCAGGACAGUGGCCUGGUCAGGUGAGAAUUAAGCCAGUCUUCUGCACUAGAUGUGGACACACUCUUUCUAGAUGCUUCUUCCUGCUUCAUCUUGACUCUGGACUAGAACUGAUGUCAGAUGGAUGAACAGUAAUAGUGUCAGAUGUUCAUUCUAAUGUGCAAGCACAAUGCUUCUUUACCUGCAUCAAAGGGUUCUCCUGGAGGCUUAAAGGCUUUGCAGGCUCAACUAGUGUAUGCUAGAGCCACACAAAAUGGAAUCUCAUCAAUAGAUUUCUGGUCCUGUUCUCAUACUCUCAGAUUCUGGGAUUUAGAUGUUUAACUUUUUUCUUUUUACAGUUAUUUAAUUCCAUCCUCUUCUUUGUUUUUCUUUAAUGGCUAGCAUUGUGGCCACAUAUCUUUAUUUUAUAUAGAUGGUAUUUGAACAGUUAUACCUGCUAUUUUUUCUUGACAGGAAUAUUGCAGCUGGUUCUGUAAGCAUGUUUUAAAUGGCUAAAAAAAAACUUUUCAACAAACAAUUGAAGACUUGACAAUGUGAGAGCUAGGGUAUUGUAGUCAUAAAAGCCUCUAGGGUGUAGGCAUCAGCAACAGUUUGGUACUUCCUGGUAAAGACAAUUCACAUGACUCCUCAUGUGUUGACUCAUAUAUUUAGCUGAAUAAAUCUGAAUCUCCCAGAUUCGAUUUUGUUUAGUUUUUUGUAUCUCUUUAGUUAGCUGAUAGGUGAUUCAAGUGGCAAGUCAUAGCUGAAGAACCGUUUAGUCAGGUCAGGGACCAGGAGACCACCAGAAGGUGGAGAGAAUUAUGAGGAUGAUGACGGUGAUGACGGUGAUAUACAGCAGCUGUAGGUGUAUAAGAAGGAUCCAGAAGGUUGAUGACAGUCGGGUGUGUGUCAGGUGGGUGAUGUUGCUAAUGACGACAUGUUUGUGUGUGUGUGAGCUGGUAGAGGGUGAUUUGAGGAGAAUGUUUUGGAAGAGAGACAGAGUUUGGGAAGGUUGUAUGUUGGAAAUGGGAACGUUUUCAUUAACAUGACUGGAUGGGGGACCAGACAGUCUCACCAUUCUAAAUACGAUGUGUCUAUAGAAAGAAAAAAAACUUGUCCCAUACUUGAUGAUAAUAAGAUCAAUUUAUAUAUAGAUACAUAUUAACAAGUUGUAUAAUUUUCUCUAAUCUUAUUAUUUGCGCUUUUAAUAGAAAUGAAGACAUCUUCUUAAUUUUGUUUUUGUUGACGUGACCUUGGCUUUAUUUUUGCACUGGAACUCUCUUUUGAACAACAAUGUACUGUAUACCAAACAAUGAAGUUAAUUAGUCACACUAAUACAGAAAAGUGUUAUAACUGUAUGAAGAAACAAUGUUGAACAAAUAAAAACAAAACAAGUUUGUAGACCA